AUGGAAGCAGCUCAGACUGUCCAGAGGAGCACUCAACAAAGUGUUGCAAAGGGCAGGAGCCAACACAGAAUUCCCAGGGAUGUUGAGACAGACAUUGCAUACCUGUAUGAAGUUCUGCCGCAGCUGUCUCAAAUUUUUCGUAUAAUAGAUAAAAUUGGAGAAGGUACUUUCAGCUCAGUGUAUUUGGCAGAGGCACAGAUGACAGAUGGGUCGAGAAGGAUGUUUGCAUUGAAACACCUGAUCCCUACCAGUCACCCUGUGCGUAUAGCCGCUGAACUCCAGUGCCUGACUGUUGCUGGAGGGAAAGAAAAUGUGAUGGGAGUCACAUACUGCUUCAGGAAAGAGCAUUACGUGGUCAUUGUCAUGCCAUACAUGGAGCAUCAAACCUUUGUGGAUAUUGUUGGCUCCUUGAGUUUUGAGGAUGUGAGGCAUUACAUCUUCCACCUGCUCAAAGCCUUGAGACACAUUCACAAGUUUGGCAUCAUCCACCGAGACAUCAAACCAACUAAUUUCCUGUUCAAUCGACAAAAGAGGGAGUAUGCUCUAGUGGAUUUUGGCCUGGCACAGGGCACUCCUGAUACACGGAUAGAACUGCUGAAGGUGGUGAAAUCAAAAUCUCAUAAAGGUGGCGGGUCAUCUACUAAGAUGGUGGAGGAAUCACUUGGGAAACCGAAACUUGUGCCUUUACCACCCAACACCAGAAACACUGCUCUCCAGUCCAGCACUAAAGCACCUGCUAAAAGACCAUGCCCAGCUUCACGCAUUAAACACAGCAAGGAACUGUUGGAACUUGAUAAUGCACCACGGUCUGUAUUUGGGGAGAAAAACAUAAAUGGCACAAACUCUCAUAAACCUGGCACUGACAAAGUUGAGGGACUGCUUUCAAAACCAAAACGAGAGGAAUUAAUUCCACGCAAGAUUGUUUCUUCAAAACACCGUUCAGUACCAGUGAGAACAACACUGAAUCAGAGACAAAAAUCCCCCAUUGAGAGUCAAAAACCCAAACCCCCUGCCGUCAGCCCGAGUCUCACCUGCAACUGCUACAUGACUGACCGCAUCUGCAACAUCUGCUUGUCCAG